UAAGGCCACUGAGCUCAUUAAAAGUCGAGCUCUCAGAUCCAGUUUUUCACCUUCCUUUCCCUACCAAGUCGCCGCAUCCUGCGACGAGACGGAGCCUCACCGCAACUGCUCAGAAUGGUCUCAGUGGUCAGAAUCCCCAAACCAUGACUCUGGGGUCGGAGAACCGGCGCGCAGUCGGACGCUCCCGCGGUGCAGGCGGGGAGACUGAGGUCCAGAGCCGGGUGCUCCAGCGCCAGCGGGGCAGAAAGCGAGGGGGCGCGUCCAGCGUCCCCAGCCGCCCGGCGCCGGAGCCGCCUCCGCCCGCCCCCCACGCUGAGUCCCCCCGCCUCGAUUCUGCCCUCGCAGCGCCGCCAGCUCGGGAGCCAGUCAUGGUGGCUGCCGUGGUGGCGGCGUGGCUGCUCCUGUCGGCCGCGGUCUGCGCUCAGCGCGAACAGGACUUCUACGACUUCAAGGCGGUCAACAUCCGGGGCAAGUUGGUGUCACUGGAGAAGUACCGCGGCUCGGUGUCCCUGGUGGUGAACGUGGCUAGCGAGUGCGGCUUCACGGACCAGCAUUACCGAGCCUUGCAGCAGCUGCAGCGGGACCUGGGGCCCCACCACUUCAAUGUGCUUGCCUUCCCCUGCAACCAGUUCGGCCAGCAGGAGCCCGAUACCAACAAGGAGAUCGAGAGCUUUGCCCGCCGCACCUACAGUGUUUCUUUCCCCAUGUUUAGCAAGGUCGCAGUCACAGGCACUGGUGCCCACCCUGCCUUCAAGUACCUGAUCCAGACUUCUGGGAAGGAGCCCACCUGGAACUUCUGGAAGUACCUAGUGGCCCCAGAUGGAAAGGUAGUAGGGGCUUGGGACCCAACUGUGUCGGUGGAAGAGAUCAGGCCCCAGAUCACGGCACUCGUGAGGAAGCUCAUCCUGAAGAAGCGAGAAGACUUAUAACCACUUUCUCUCCUCUCCCACUGUCCCAUCCCAACCCCCCAUCCUCCACCUUGAAUGGGUGACCAAAGCAAACUCAGUGGUGCUCAAUGGUGCUUGGAGGGAGGGCCUACGGACUCUCCUUCCUCCAUUUUUAUCCCACCUACCCUAUCACUCCUAUGGGGGAAAAUUUCUAGCAUUUGGAUUAUUUGAGUCUUAGAACAACCUAUAGGAACUCUUGGCCAGUGAUAGCUCUUGACCAAUGAAUCACCAGCCAAUAAGAACCUCUAGCCCAUGAAAGCAUGUGGCAAAUAGAAGUAUAUUAAGCAAUAAUCUCCUGCCUACUAAGAACUCUGUAAAAUGGGACCAAUUCCUACCUCACAGGGUUGUUGUGAGGAUGAGGAUGAAAGAUCUAUGAAAGUGCCUAGGGCAAUGCCAGCUCACUAGGAGGCAUUCAAUAAAUGGUUUUUUUUUUUUUUUUUUGGCAUAUAAACCAAAAAAUAACUUGUAAUCAAUAAAAACUUGUGCCCAACAUGAAUUUCCAGCCAUCAAGAAUCCAGGCCAAAGAUUUAUUUGUUGUUGUAAUUGUUGUCCUCUGUAUUAUUUUUUUUAAUUACAAAAGUAAUGCAAAUAGAUUGUAAAAUAAUACAGGAUGAUAUAAAAUAAAAAUGAAGAUAUCCCCCUUAUUUUCUAUAUCUCUCUCCCUGGAGGUAAAUAAAUACUGUUAGCAAUUUGGUACAAAGACUUCCUCAUUUUUUUUAUCAAGCCAAUCAUUAUUGCCCAAUAAGAAUUCACUGACCAAAAAUACACUAUAAUAACAAAUAGGCAAACAAAGGGCGCUGGGUGGCUCAGUCGUUAAGCGUCUGCCUUCGGCUCAGGUCAUGAUCCCAGGGUCCUGGGAUGGAGCCCCGAAUCGGGCUCCCUGCUCAGCGGAAAGCCUGCUUCUCUCUCUCCCACUACCUCCGCUUGUGUUCCCUCUCUCGCUGUGUCUCUGUCAAAUAAAUAAAUAAAAUCUUUAAAAAAAUAAAAAAAUAAAUUUAAAAAAAGGAGCCAAACAGAACUUAAAAAACAAAAACAAAAACAAAAAACAAAUAGGCAAAGGAUAUGAAUGGAUAAUUCAUAGAAUAAUAUAGAUGGAUAAUAAGGAUAUGAGAAGAUAUUUAGCCUCAUUAAACUUGGAAAGAUUUUUUUUUAAAGAUUUUAUUUAUUUGAGAGAGAGAGAGUGCCCAAGCAGGGGGAGCGGCAGGCAGAGGGAGAAGCAGGCUCCCCACUGAGCAAGGAGCCCCAUGCAGGACCUGAGCUGAAGGCAGACUGAGCCACCUGGGUGUCCCUGGAAAGAUUUUUUUAAAUGAUAACACCCAUAGUUGGUAAGGAUGUGAGGAAAUGGGCAUUCAUAGUAACUGUUGGUGGGACAAUGAACUGGCACAAGUUUUUAGAGGGUGACUUGGCAGUAUCUUUUAAAACUAAAUGUUCAUGUCCUUUGAUCCAUCAUUUCUCAUCCUAGAAGUCUCCCAAACUGUGCAAAUAUAUAUGUACAAUAAUAUGUAUGUACAUUGUUCAUAAUAGUGAAAAUUGGAUGCAACCCUGUAUCCAUCAGUAUGGUCUGAUAAUGAAUUAUGGUACAAAUCCAAAUGGUACACUAAUACAGUUAUUAAAAUGAAUGAAUUAGGGGCACCUGACUGGCUCAGUCAGUAGACCAUGAGACUCUUGGUCUCAGGGUUGAGUUUGAGCCCCACGUUGGGUGUAGAGAUUACUUAACAUUUUUUUAAAAUCUAAAAAAAUAAAUUAAAAUUAAAUGAAUGAAUUAGAUUUUUAAAAAAUAUUCUAAGUAAUCUCUACACCCAACGUGGGGCUUGACCUCACAACCCUGAGACUAAGAGUCACACGCUCUACUGACUGAGCCAGCCAGGGGCCCCAAAACGAAUGAACUAGAAUUUCUAAAUGCUACCAUAGAAAAAGUUGUCCAAAAGUGAAAAAAGGGCAACUUGUAAAACAGAAUGAAUACAUGCACACACACACAAAUCUGGUCUAGGGGUGCCUGGCUGCUCAGUCUGUACAGCAUGUGACUCUUGAUCUUGGGGUUGUAAGUUCAUACCCCAUGUUGGGUGUAGAGAUUACUUAAAAUAAAAAUCUUUUUAAAAAAAAUCCAGUAUAAAGAAGUAUAAUAUUUUUAUCAAAAAUUUUCAAUAUUAAGUGAGAGGGAGAGAGAGGAAUAUAGACCAAACUGUUUUUUAAGAUUUUAUUUAUUUAUUUGAGAGAGAGGGAGCAUGAGUGGGGAGGGGCAGAGGGACAGGCAGACCCCCUGCUCCCUGAGUGUGGAGCCCGAUGUGGGGCUGACGUGGGGCUCAAUCAGGUCAUGAUCUCAGGGUCUUGGGAUUGAGUCAGAUGCUUAACCAGUUGAGCCACCCAGGUGUCCCUAGACUAAACUAUUAAUGGUGGUUGUCAAUGAGGGAGUCAGGGGAAAGAGGGGAUAACAGGAGACCUUCACUGUCUUUGUUAAGUAUUUCUGUAAUGUUUGAAUUUUGUAUGUAAAAUAUGUAUUUCACUUUUAUAGAAAUAUAAAAGGAGCCUGCUAAACACUGA